UUAAGCUUAUUUUUUUUAUAAUUUAAUCCCUUAGGAAAUUGACGUCAAUUGGAUCAGCAUCAGUUGAUACAAAGGAGAGAUGCGGAAUUGUUUUCUGUCACUCGUCUAGUUGAAUUUAUACUACGAGUACUGCACGGUAACCAUCCUGCGACGAUGUCUUGGUUCCCGUGGUUAGGUCUGAUGUUGGUUCUCACUACGACUGCAUUACGCUUAGGUACAAAAGAUGGUGCCUGUCCGAUACCUAAAGGCUUUGGAAUUUGCGUGAAUGUGUGCACAAGCGACUAUGACUGUACAGGAUCUUUGAAAUGUUGUUCAAAUGGUUGUGGACGUUCCUGUAUGGAGGCUCUUGGUCUUAUUGAACAAGGUAUAGAUACAGACCCACUCAUCAUUUUUGCAGACCGUUACACCGUACGUGAAUAUGACCCAAUUAAGAAGGAAUACCGAACGAUCGCAGACAAUCAGAAAAACGCCGUGGCUUUAGACUAUGACUUCAAGGAGAUGCAGAUAUAUUGGUCUGACGUGUCUCUGGAUCAGAUCUACCGCACUAAUAUAGAUGGUACUGGUGUACCAGAAGUUCUCAUCACUGGGGCUAGCAUACCGGAUGGAAUCUCUAUUGAUUGGGUCUACCGUAACAUUUACUGGACUGAUACGGGAACCAAUGCCAUUGAAGUCGCAAACCUCAAAGAUACAAGCAAACGUACCAUUCUCAUUUCUGAUAACUUAGAUGAGCCAAGAGCUAUUACUAUAGAGCCAAGACUUGGAUACAUGUUCUGGACUGAUUGGGGUCAGGCAGCUAAGAUUGAACGCGCAGGAAUGAAUGGAGAGGCAAGAGUGACCCUCGUGGACACUGACAUUAACUGGCCAAAUGGUCUGACUACUGAUCUUGUUAGCAACCUUCUCUUUUGGGUAGAUGGCCAGAGACACAGCCUAAGCAGCAUUGACUACAACGGUCAGGGUAGACGCACCAUUAUCCAAUCAAGUUCAAUUCUGCCUCAUCCUUUCGCUAUCACCGUAUUCGGAGAUUAUGUCUAUUGGACAGAUUGGCGGAAAAGGGCUAUCAGUAAAGCCAACAAAUUCACUGGAAAACAUACCAUUUUGGUUGAAAAUCUCAGUCGUCCUACGGGCAUCCAAAUAUAUCACCCUCAAAAACAAAUCGACGGAAUUAUUAACUAUUGUGAAAGAAAUAACGGUGGAUGCUCUUAUCUGUGCGUAGCUUCCCCUAAAAGGGGCGAUAAAUCAGCUAAAUAUUCGUGUCUCUGUCCCACAAACUCGUUCUUAAUGCAAGAUGGGCGUACAUGUGCGGGUUCAACCAGGAAUCCACCGACUUCACCUCCUGCAACAAUAGGUAUAGAUACAGACCCACUCAUCAUUUUUGCAGACCGUUACACCGUACGUGAAUAUGACCCAAUUAAGAAGGAAUACCGAACGAUCGCAGACAAUCAGAAAAACGCCGUGGCUUUAGACUAUGACUUCAAGGAGAUGCAGAUAUACUGGUCUGACGUGUCUCUGGAUCAGAUCUACCGAACUAAUAUAGAUGGCACUGGUGUACCAGAAGUUCUCAUCACUGGGGCUAGCAUACCGGAUGGAAUCUCUAUUGAUUGGGUCUACCGUAACAUUUACUGGACUGAUACGGGAACCAAUGCCAUUGAAGUCGCAAACCUCAAAGAUACAAGCAAACGUACCAUUCUCAUUUCUGAUAACUUAGAUGAGCCAAGAGCUAUUACUAUAGAGCCAAGACUUGGAUACAUGUUCUGGACUGAUUGGGGUCAGGCAGCUAAGAUUGAACGCGCAGGAAUGAAUGGAGAGGCAAGAGUGACCCUCGUGGACACUGACAUUAACUGGCCAAAUGGUCUGACUACUGAUCUUGUUAGUAACCUUCUCUUUUGGGUAGAUGGCCAGAGACACAGCCUAAGCAGCAUUGACUACAACGGUCAUGGUAGACGCACCAUUAUCCAAUCAAGUUCAAUUCUGCCUCAUCCUUUCGCUAUCACCGUAUUCGGAGAUUAUGUCUAUUGGACAGAUUGGCAAAAAAGGGCUAUCAUUAAAGCCAACAAAUUCACUGGAAAACAUACCAUUUUGGUUGAAAAUCUCAGUCGUCCUACGGGCAUCCAAAUAUAUCACCCUCAAAAACAAAUCGACGGGAUUACUAACUAUUGUGGAAGAAAUAACGGUGGAUGUUCUUAUCUGUGCGUAGCUUCCCCUAAAAGGGGCGAUAAAUCUGUUAAAUAUUCGUGUCUCUGUCCCACAAACUCGUUCUUAAUGCAAGAUGGGCGUACAUGUGAGGGUUCAACAAGGAAUCCACCGACUCCACCUCCUGCAACAAUAGAUUUGAGUCCGUGCCAUCCGAACCCAUGUGUGAAUGGUGUCUGCAUAUAUAACAUUUUCACAAAACUUUUCUACGGAGGAUACUUGUGUAAGUGUGACAGUGGAUACUCUGGCAAGCAUUGUGAGUAA